AUGAACGAAAAUAACUCCAAAAAUCACCAGAGAAGUAUUCUCGAGCAGAAUCCCAAAACGCAGCUCAUGUUAGAACGUUACAAAUGCUACGAAAUACCCGAGUUACUCGAUUCCCUGGAUCAAAAACUGAAAAUAUUGGAGAUGAUGAAUGGUUUGAAUGCUCUGAUGAUUUGGAGGGACGAGUUCAAUGCCAACAUCAAUGUUUUAAAUGAAAAAGCCACUGCUGCUUUCCAUAAAGAAUACAGCUCCCUCCAAGCAACCGUUAAGUCGCCGUCAAUACAUUCACAGAAAAUCAAUCAGUCUCGGGAAUCCAAGAAAGCGUCAGGUCUACGGAUAUCUGAGAUCAUAGAUCUGACUCUUGAUAGCAACGAAGGCCGCGUAGACAUUGGCGUGGGAAAUGCCAGUGAAAAGCCCAGCAACUCGGUUGACUAUUCCAUACCUCAUGAUGUUGCACAAAGUACAACUACCACAGCACCACCACAGAGCAACCAAAUGUACAAUAAUUCACCGAGCAAUCAAGAUAUGGGCGAGAAGCAGGUGUUUAAUGGAAGUAGAAUGAUAGACCCAGAACUUGCCUUUCGGUAUGCUGAAAACGAAAUGGACUUCUCAGACUCGGAUUUUCGAGCUCCACUUGAUACUCAACCUUCAUAUUCUGCACCUCAAGAAAUGUCGCCUCAACCGAUGUCUAACUCUGAAACUGUACCCGGCUCCACGGCAGCCAGAAGGAGAGGCGAUCCUCAUAGUUGCAAUGUUUGUUCCAAGACAUUCACAAGGGGGACUACACUCCGUGAACACGAGAGGAGUCAUACUAACGAGAGGCCUUGUAUUUGCAGUACCUGCAGGAAGGGGUUCUCAAGACGCAAAGACUGUCGUCGCCAUGAGCUCCUGCAUGCGAAUGCUAAGAAAUUCUACUGUGCUGGACACAAUCCACCUAGAGUGUUCAAAACGGCUGAAGAUAAAGAUUCUGCAUGCGGCAGGAGCUUCACAAGAAUGGAUGCGCUCAAAGCACAUUGGAAUUCACUGAGAGGCUCCGAAUGCUUGAAGGUAUUGUUUGAGUUAGAAAAAGAGAAACGUCUUUAUUCCAUAGAGCAGGGGCUCUUUGAUGAUACUAAAUGUGUUUGCGGCGAUGAAUUUGAAAGUGUAGAUGGGCUGAAAACACACCUUGAAGUUCCUUUCCAGUCAAGUUGUUUGAGACAAAGCGUUAUGGAUUCGGGGGAAUUCCACGUAAUGAACGAUUAUAAGUACCGGCAAAGAACGAAGUAA